CCGGCGUUUGAGUGUGUGUAGCAGUGCGCGGAUAGGCCGCAUGUGAUGUGAGCUGACUGAGCUCCAGUGUGCUCGUGAGCAUUGUCAACUGUGAGACAUCCCUGAGUCUCAUUUAACAUACCGUAUUUUCACUCCCUGUGACAGAAAAGGUUUAGUAGAAAAAUGCCAAAGAAGUCAAAAGAUGUCGCUGAGUGGGAGGGUGAUGAUGAGCCACAAACAGAAAAAAAUGUCAAAAAAGGAAAGAAGGAUAAGAGGGGGAAGAAGAGUUUUUUUGAGGAGCUGGCAUCAGAUACUAAACCAGAAAAAGUAGAAGAGCCACCAGUGAAAGAGGCACAAGGGAAACAGCCUCAGAAGAAAAAGAAAGACAAGCGGAAAGGGAAACCAGGAGACGAUGAGGAUGAUGAUGAUGAUGCAGAGGUCAUGCAGCGCCUCAAGAAACUGUCAGUGCAGCCCAGUGAUGAAGAUGAAGAUGAAGAAGAGGUAGUUGCUCCAGUCAAAGGAGGAAAGAAAAACAAAGGUGGCAACAUAUUUGCUGCUCUGAGUCAGGGGCAAAGUGAUGACGAUGAAGAGGACGCAGGCGAUGAUGACGAUGUUGAUGAGAAACCCCAAAGCAAGAAGAGCUCAAAGGAAGUUGAGAAGGUAACCAAGGGAAAGAAAAAAGAUAAGGCUAAACCUAAGAUAAUAAAGGAAGCCUCAGAGGAGGAAAAAGAUGAAGAGAUGGAGAAGAAAGAUGAGAAUGAAAAGAAAGGAGGGAAGAAGGGCAUGAAAGCCGCUGCUAAACCAUCUAAGGAGGAAGAUGAAAUUGAAGAGAAAGAACAGGAGAAGUCUCAGAAGAAAGGCAAGAAGGAACAGCCCAAGAAAGGGAAGCCUGCUCGCCCUCCUCCUAGUGAUGAUGAUGAUGAUGAUGAUGAAGAUGAAGAAGAGGAGGAGAAGAGUGAUGAAAAUGACACAAUGAUGAGUGCCGAGGAUGCCCUCGCAGCUGAGCAGGCCAAAGAGAAACAAGAGGACGACCCUUUUGCUAACUUGAGUAAAAAAGAGAAGAAGAAGAAAAAGAAAAAGAUGGAGUACGAGCGGCAGGUGGCUAGUAUUCGAGCUCAGAACGCCAUCGAGGGAGACUUCUCCGUCUCUCAGGCUGAGCUGUCCUCUCGACAGGCCAUGCUGGAAAACGCUUCAGACAUCAAGUUGGAAAGAUUCAGCAUUUCAGCCCAUGGUAAAGAGCUGUUUGUUAACGCAGACCUUCUGAUUGUUGCUGGGAGACGAUACGGUCUGGUUGGUCCAAAUGGGAAAGGGAAGACCACUCUACUAAAGCACAUCGCCAACAGAGCUCUAAGCAUUCCUCCCAAUAUUGAUGUGCUGCUUUGUGAGCAAGAGGUGGUGGCGGAUGACACUCCUGCAGUUCAGGCAGUGCUGAAGGCCGACACGCGCAGACUGAAGCUCCUGGAGGAGGAACGGCAGCUACAGAGUCGGCUGGAGAAAGGAGACGACAGCGUGUCUGAGAGACUCGACAAGGUUUAUGAGGAGUUGAGGGCAAUUGGAGCAGCGGCAGCGGAGGCUAAAGCUCGUAGGAUCUUGGCUGGUCUGUCUUUCACUCCAGAGAUGCAGAACAGACCCACUAAGAAGUUCUCUGGUGGUUGGAGGAUGAGAGUGUCCCUGGCUAGAGCACUGUUCAUGGAGCCCACGCUGCUGAUGUUGGAUGAGCCCACUAACCACUUGGACCUUAACGCUGUCAUCUGGCUUAACAACUACUUACAGAGCUGGAAGAAAACACUUCUAAUUGUGUCCCACGACCAGAGUUUCUUAGAUGACGUCUGUACAGAUAUCAUUCACCUGGACAACCAGAAACUCUACUACUACAGGGGCAACUACCUGACGUUUAAGAAGAUGUACGUACAGAAACAGAAAGAACUCCUGAAGCAGUAUGAGAAACAAGAGAAAAAGCUCAAAGACCUGAAGGCUGGAGGAAAAUCCACCAAACAAGCUGAGAAACAGACGAAAGAGGCCCUGACGAGGAAACAGCAGAAGGGAAAGAAGAGCCACCGUGAGGAGGAGAGCCGUGAGGCCACAGAGCUCCUCAAGAGACCGAGAGAAUAUACCGUCAAAUUCACCUUCCCUGACCCUCCUCCGCUCUCACCGCCAAUUCUCGGCCUGCACAGUGUUGACUUUGGUUAUGAAGGCCAGAAGCCUCUGUUCACAAAUGUGGACUUUGGUAUAGACAUGGAGUCCAGGGUAUGUAUUGUUGGGCCCAAUGGAGUUGGGAAAAGUACACUGCUCCUGCUUUUGACUGGAAAAUUAAAUCCUAUAAAAGGAGAGAUGAGGAAGAACCAUCGAUUGAAAGUAGGUUUCUUCAACCAGCAGUAUGCUGAUCAGCUGAACAUGGAAGAGUCUCCCACAGAGUACCUCCAGAGGAACUUCAACCUCCAAUACCAGGACGCCAGGAAGUGCCUGGGUCGCUUUGGCUUAGAGAGCCACGCACACACCAUCCAGAUCUCCAAACUGUCUGGCGGUCAGAAAGCAAGAGUGGUAUUUGCUGAACUUGCUUGUCGACAACCUGAUGUCCUCAUCUUGGAUGAGCCCACAAAUAACUUGGACAUUGAGUCGAUUGAUGCAUUGUCAGAAGCCAUCAAUGAAUACAAAGGAGCUGUGAUAAUUGUGAGCCACGAUGCCAGGCUCAUCACGGAGACCCAGUGCCAGCUGUGGGUGGUUGAGGACCACUCGAUCAGCCAGAUUGAUGGAGACUUUGACGACUACAAGAGAGAAGUGCACAGUUGA